AUGCUUCCCCUCCGAGCUCUCCGAUCCUCGUCCCUCCGGGCGGCCGCCAAGGCCCCCCUGGCCCGCGGCUACGCUACUACCGUUGCCGAGGAGGCCGCCGAAAUCUCGCCUUCCCUCUUUGACAAGAAGGUCGAGAUGUCGGUCGUUGAGAAGGGCAAGGGCUACUACGUCAACUACAAGCGCAUCGAGGACAACCUCAAGGUCGUCCGAUCUCGUCUUAACCGUCCUCUCUCGCUCGCCGAGAAGAUCGUUUACGGUCACUUGGACAACCCCCACGAGCAGGAGAUCAGCCGUGGCCAGUCGUACCUCAAGCUCCGCCCCGACCGUGUCGCCUGCCAGGAUGCCACCGCCCAGAUGGCCCUCCUCCAGUUCAUGUCGGCCGGUCUCCCCACCGUCGCCGUCCCCACCACCGUCCACUGCGACCACCUUAUCGAGGCCCAGGUCGGUGGUGCCAAGGACUUGGCCCGCGCCAUUGAGAUCAACAAGGAGGUCUACGACUUCCUCGCCACUGCCACCGCCAAGUACGGCAUCGGCUUCUGGAAGCCCGGCUCCGGUAUCAUUCACCAGAUCAUCCUCGAGAACUACGCCUUCCCCGGUGGUCUCAUGAUCGGUACCGACUCGCACACCCCCAACGCCGGUGGUCUCGGCAUGAUCGCCUGCGGUGUCGGUGGUGCCGACGCCGUCGACGUCAUGGCCGACAUCCCCUGGGAGCUCAAGGCACCCAAGGUCAUCGGUGUCGAGCUCAAGGGCAAGCUGUCCGGCUGGACCACCCCCAAGGACGUCAUCCUCAAGGUCGCCGGUGAGCUCACCGUCAAGGGUGGUACCGGUGCCAUCAUCGAGUACAAGGGUGCCGGUGUCGAGUCGCUCUCGUGCACGGGCAUGGCCACCAUCUGCAACAUGGGUGCCGAGAUCGGCGCCACCACCUCGGUGUUCCCCUACAACGAGCGCAUGGGCGACUACCUGCGCGCCACCAACCGAUCCGAGAUCGCCGACCUCGCCAAGGGCUUCCAGCGCAACCUCCUCCCCGACUCGGGCGCCGAGUACGACUCGCACAUCGAGAUCAACCUCGACACGCUCGAGCCCCACAUCAACGGCCCCUUCACCCCCGAUCUUGCCACCCCCCUCUCCAAGUUCGCCGAGGAGGUCAAGAAGAACGACUGGCCCGAGGAGCUCAAGGUCUCGCUCAUCGGCUCGUGCACCAACUCGUCCUACGAGGACAUGAGCCGCUCCGCCUCGAUCGCCGAGGAGGCUGCCGCCCACGGCCUCAAGGUCAAGUCGCAGUUCACCAUCACCCCCGGUUCGGAGCAGAUCCGUGCCACCAUCGAGCGCGACGGCCAGAUGGAGGCCCUCGAGAAGGCUGGCGGUAUGGUGCUUGCCAACGCCUGCGGCCCUUGCAUCGGUCAGUGGGACCGCAAGGACAUCAAGAAGGGUGACAAGAACUCGAUCAUCACCUCGUACAACCGUAACUUCACCGGCCGUAACGACGCCAACCCCGCCACCCACGCCUUUGUCGCCUCGCCCGACCUCGUCACCGCCAUGGCCUUCGCCGGCCGCCUCACCUUCAACCCCAUGACCGACAGCCUCAAGGGUGCCGACGGCAAGGAGUUCAAGUUCACCGCCCCCAGCGGCAAGGAGCUGCCUCCCCGCGGCUACGACCCCGGCAACAACACCUACCAAGACCCCCCCAAGGACCGCUCGUCGGUUCAGGUCGCCAUCGACCCCAAGUCGGACCGUCUGCAGAAGCUCGAGCCCUUCAAGCCCUGGAACGGCAAGAACCCCACCGACUGCCCCGUCCUCAUCAAGGCGCAGGGCAAGUGCACCACCGACCACAUCUCGGCCGGUGGCCCGUGGCUCAAGUACCGCGGUCACCUCGAGAACAUCUCGAACAACUGCCUGAUCGGCGCCAUCAACGCCGCCAACGGCAAGGCCAACGAGGUGCAGAACGUCUUCUCGGGCGAGUGGGGACCGGUGCCCGCCACCGCCAUCCAGUACCGCGAGUCGGGCAAGCCCUGGGUCGUGAUCGGUGACGAGAACUACGGUGAGGGCUCGUCGCGAGAGCACGCCGCUCUCGAGCCCCGUUUCCUCGGUGGCUGUGCCGUCAUUGCGCGCUCGUUUGCUCGUAUCCACCAGACCAACCUGCGCAAGCAGGGCAUGCUCGCCUUUGAGUUCGCCAACCCCGCCGACUACGACAAGGUCCGCUCGGACGACCUCGUCGACAUCAUCGGCGUUACCGAGCUCGCCGAGGGCUCCAAGGUCUCGCUCGUCUGCAAGCACAAGGACGGCUCCAAGGACGAGCUGCCGCUCACCCACACCAUGAACGACAACCAGAUCUCGUGGUUCAAGCACGGCUCGGCCCUCAACAAGAUGGCUGCCGCCGCCAAGUCGGCCUAA